CAAAACACUCGUGGGCCAUUUCAGCGGCCGCGUCUAGAACAAGAUGCCGGAGGAGGUGGGCGGCAGUAGCACGACCAGCCGCGGUGCCGGCCUCGCCGGAUCGGAGGACAUCAUGGAUCUUCUGCCUCUCGAGCUCGUACGAUCCCAAGUCAUCCCUCCUGCUCCAAACCGCCGCGAGUCCUCCAUCGAUUGGCUGCCGGAGUUCGGGGGCGCAUCGUGGAUCGCCUACGGAGCGUCCUCGCUUCUCGUUAUCUCCCACUUCCCUUCGCCAUUUUCCUGCAACGAACCUCAGCCAGGCCCUUUCUUCCGGCAGGUCAUUGAACCGCCAACUGGGAAUAGGAACGCCGAGUUGACGGCCGUCUCUUGGUGCCCGGUCCAGCCGUCGGAGGGAGAGAUUGCGGUGGCGUUGGAGAAUAACAUCUUCAUGUACUCGCCAGUAACUUCUAGCGCACCAGGCUCUUUUUCUUGGAGGCAGACUGUGGUCAUCGUGGAGACUUUUCCAAUAGAGAUUAUUGGGUGGACGGGGUCUGGAGAUGGACUAGUUGCUGCUGGCACUGAAGUAGUUUUGUGGAUAAGGAAGAGCAAUCUUUGGGAAAUGGCUUGGAAGGUGAGAACAGAAGUACCUCAAACUCAUGUUUCUGCAUCCUGGUUUUCAGAUGGCCUUGUGGCUACAGCUGCUCGAGGAUUGGUGCAUCAUUAUGAAGUUACAGCCAAGGAAUCAAACUAUACCUUGUCACAGUCAGCAAAGCAUGUUACUGUAUAUUUUCGUGAUGGUAAGUCUGGAACUACAACAGUUCAACUCUAUCAUCCUCAACCUAUUGUAAUGAUUCAGUGGAGACCGUACAUUGGUGUGCAAUCACAAGCAGAUCCUUCCAGUGUAUACAACAUUUUGCUGACAGGCUGCUUAGAUGGAACCGUGAGACUAUGGAGUGAGAUUGACAAUGGUAGGCCUAGAAAAUUCAAUAAAGAGAUUCAUGAUCAAAAAUCCAUGAAGCGGUUGUUCCAUGUGGUUGCAGUGAUUGAAAUGAACCAGUCUCUGAAGGGAAUACUUGGCACAAACAUAUUUGUAAAAUGGGCAAUAGAUUCUAGCUGUGUGAUCUUCAAGGGUGAGAGUGGUGGUUAUUCUUUGUUACCAACAUACACUGAACACCAACAAAUUGGUAAAUGCGAUUGGUUAAUUGGUAUAGGACCUGACUUUUCUGUUACUUUUUGGGCUGUUCACUGCCUCUAUGAUGUGUCACCUCCACGGUUUCCACGGGUGACAAUGUGGAAGAAAGGAAAUCUGAUGGAUUUCAAAGACUCCAAGUAUCCCUAUUUUGGUUCUCCAAAUAUAAAAAACCAAGCUAUCCUUGUAAAAGUUGUUGCCUCAAGAAGUUGGCUUUGUGGACCACCUAUAGCUUGCUCUUUGCUUCAAUUAUUGCCUGAUAACUCAUUCAGCUGGUCAGAAUUGUAUAGCCCAUCAGAAAAAAUGGAGGAUACUUCUUUGAGACAGAUAGAUAAGGAGAGGAGUCUUUCAUACAUAGCUCAUACAGCUCUAAGUGAGCUUGGGCAUACUGGAUGCAUCAUACAAGUUGCUGUGCAUCCAUGUAGUUUUGAUAUAUUACUUGCUGUUUCAUUGGAUUCCAAUGCAUUACUUCUUUUUUGGUCCUUGUCUACUCUUUCAGAGAGCAUCUUGCCUUCUCAUACAUAUAUUCAUCCAAUGUGGAAACUUUUGGAUCAUGUUUCUUUAAAAGCCUUAUCACCAGAUCAUGAAUAUUCAUGCUUGGUUUGGGGACCUGCUGUUUUGAAUGAGAAUCAGUUUCUUCUUGUGGGACAUGAAGAUGGGAUUGAUUGUUUCAUGAUUGAAGUUUCUUGUAAAGAAGAAAGCAUAUCAGCUCAUAAAGUUCUUACCGUCCCCUUCAAUGGUUAUAAUGACAGAGGAAACCCACCAGAUCAGAUAUUUGCAAUACCCUUGAUUUCCAACCCACGGCAUUCAUCUAAUUCUAGUAGUUUUCUACUGGUCUCUGUAUGGAGGGAAAAUUAUAAUCCAUUAUCAUGGACAAUUGACCUUCACAUGUCAAUCAAUGAUGGGGUCUCAUCCAAUGACAAUGAUUUGGCUAUUUCAAAAGGUCAAUGCGUGAGUUCUUCUGGUAAAUGUUGCUAUGCUACCUUUUACAAACAUUCAUUUGAGUCCUCUCCUCAUUGUUGGGAUGGAGUUACAACUAUUUCUGUAGCAUCGCCAACUAGUUGUCCAUUACCCUUUGAACAAGUAUAUUCUAAUGAUUCUCCUUCCAAUUAUUGUGGCUACCAUAUGGCCACAGGAUACUCUGGUGGCACUGUAAAAUUAUGGAGGAUCUGCCAUAUGCAACAAGAUCAUUCUGAUUCAGAAAAUGUCCCUUGGGAGUUAGCUGGUACUUUUACUGCCCAUGAAGGCCCAGUCAAUUUUCUUUCUUUAUCUAGUUGCAGCAGUAAAGUUGCUACCGCCAGCAUUGAUGGGCGCAACAGUACUACCAGCCUUCAUAUCUGGGAAUUUGUAAAGCUAACACAUGGUGGAUCAUUUGUAUUAGAAGAUGCAAUAGAUUUAAAUGGGAUUCUUAUUGCUGUAAGAUGGUUAGCAUUAGGAAAUGGCCAGAUGCUGCUUGGAAUCUGUCUACCAAAUGAAUUUCGUGUAUAUUCGCAAAGAAGAUCGUCAACUCACUCCUUUGCUUAUUCAGAUAUGUCAAAGGAGAUGCACACAUGGUAUUGCAUUGCAGUCUCAGGUUCUUCAACCAUUGUAAGGGAUUUUCUUUGGGGGCCUAAGUUGACCGCUGUGAUUGUUCAUGAGAAGCAUUUUUCUAUUUGCAGUCAGUGGCUACUGAGAACAAAUAACACAUAUAAUGUUGAGAAUUCUGUUGCUUAUGUUGGCAGGAUAGAGGAAAGCUUGCUUUGUGUAACUAAUACUGGUAAAAACAUGUUUGAUACAGAUGAGCAAUUGGAAUAUGGUUACUCAAAGAAGAUUUCUCUACAGGACAAUGUUCCCAAUACUGAAAAUAAAUUAUUUUAUAUUCUAGAUGUAUCCCAGAAAUUGGGUGGAUCUCUAGCACUUUAUGAUCCUGAAGCUUUGAUUCAAUACAUUUAUUCAGGUAACUGGAAAUAUGCACUAGUUAUCUUGAAGAACUUUGUUGAAUGUAUUUGCAGUUAUAAAACUUCCACUACAAUUCCUGAAAGCAAUAAACAAAGCCUACUUUCUUGCAAGAUGCUGGAAGUUCAUUUGGCUAGAUACAUUGAGGAUAACAAUUCUAAAAAUUCGUCCUCUGAAAAAUUAUUUUGGGGUCAGAAUAUUACUACAAGUGGACCUAAUUUUCAUCUUGGAGGGAAUGAACUCCAGUUUCCGAACACUCACUUAGAGACCAACACUUUUGAGAGAAUUCCAGACAACUCUAACAAAUCUGAGAUCACAGAACUAAUUGACACCCUUGAGAAAUCUAAUCAAGUUUCUAGUUUAACAGAUUUGAUGAAAACCCAAAUUCUAGUGAUUCUAGAACUUUUGAAUGAAAUUAGCAAUACAAAAGCCACUGCAGCCUAUGGCAGUCUUGAUGACGCUGGGCGAAGGUUCUGGGUUUCUGUUAGAUUUCAAUAUCUAUAUUCAAUGAGAAGGUCUGGGGGAGUUGUAGCUGAAGAUCUUCCUGUCAACUCUAGGUUGGCUGCUUGGGCCUUCCAAUCUGAUUGUCAAGAUGAUCUGCUUAACUCUGUUUUAUCUUCAGACCCAUCUUGGGUAGACAUGAGAAAUUUGGGUGUAGGUCUAUGGUAUACAAAUGCAUCGCAAUUGAGAACACGGAUGGAGAAGUUGGCUAGAUCCGAGUAUCUAAGGAACAAGAACCCCAAGGACUGUGCACUAUGGUAUUUAGCUCUUAACAGGCUUCAAGUUUUAAUCAGUCUUUUUAAAAUUAGCAAAGAUGAGAAAGAUAAAGUAUUGUUUGGAUUUCUGUCACGUAAUUUCCAGGACGAGAAGAACAAAGCUGCUGCUCUGAAGAAUGCUUAUGUUUUAAUGGGAAAACAUGAGCUAAAGCUUGCAAUAGCAUUUUUUCUGCUUGGAGGAGAUUCUUCCUCUGCUGUUAGUGUUUGUGCUAAGAACCUUGGAGAUGACCAACUAGCUCUGGUAAUUUGUCGGCUUCUAGAAGGUUAUGGAGGUUCAUUAGAAAAACAACUCAUAUCAAACAUUUUGCUUCCAAAGGCAUUAGAGAAAGGGGACUACUGGCUUUCCAGCUUACUUGAAUGGACAUUGGGGAAUUACUCGCAAUCAGUCAAGACACUAGUUAAUGGUCAAACAAAACAAGUUAACAGAAACUCAGCUGCUUUGUGCAAUUAUGGUGCCUUGUCAGAUCCAGAUAUCGGUCGCUACUGUGUUAUACUUGCCUCCCGAAAUACUUUUAGAUGCUCUGUUGGUGAAGAUGUUGCAGCAGACCUUUCUAAAUUUGCAUCAUUUUUGGCUGCAAGUGCCUUGAACAGAUGUGGAGUCCCUCUUGAAGCACUUUCAUGCUUAUCCUAUUCUUUAAGCAGCGAUGGCAAGGACCAAAAGAAUGUGUCAACUGCUGGACCUCAUGACAUAUUUCAUCAAAUACUGAGUCCGUUCACCGGCGAUGGUUGCAACUGGGUGCUUGACAAUGUAUCUCAUCAAUUGGAGGUGAAUACUAAAACAAAUAUAGCACUGUAUUACAUAGACAGCUUCUUGAGGAAUCAUCGAGUAUGGUCAUCCCAUAGCCUAUCAAAAUCCAGAGAAGUGAUAAGCUGUCACUAUGUUUAUCUUCAAGAAGAAGACCUUAGCCAAAUGAAGCAGGAUCUUCAGAUGUUAUUAUCAAUGAUUGAAAGGAAAUUCUUGCUGAAGUCGGUUGACAUAUUUAACCUGGUAUUACUUUCUGCUCACAACUAUGGAUCAUUAUUUCUUGGCUAUCUGAUGUUACAUGUGGAGGAGUUUACACGAAAUGAAUACAAAAACUGGAGUGCUGAUUUGAUCUUUGUCCCUGCUUUUGUCAGGCUUCUCAUUAAGUCCACAGUGGAGAUCUUAUGUUUUCUAGCUAGGUUUGUGGUGUCUUUCAAUUUCACUGAGUCAAUGCUGAAGCCACUUCAUGACAAUCACUAUCAGAUACACACCAUUCUAUUUUGUUUGAAGAACAUGCUGUGCUUCAUCAGAACUUUUGGUUCAUCUUCAAACUAUUAUCAGGGAGAGAAAGCUUCAGAAGAUUUCAGUACUUUUUUCCCUUUUGCUCUUGAUCUUCUUGAAUUUUAUGUAGACUUUGCUUUUGCUUGCAUUGAAGGAAAUUUUAAAGGGCUUUUUAUGAUGAUCAAUCAUAUUUUAAUUGCAUUGGCAAAUGAUGAAUCUUCUAUUGAAGUGCUAUCAGAUGAAUUGAGGAAGUUUUUAUGUCAGAAUUCACAGUUAGUGACUCACUGUGCGUCAGUUGUUGAGGUUGAAAGCAUCUCUAACUCAAACUUCAAACAAAAGCAUUUGGAAACAGGAGACUUUCCCAUUGCAGAUGAUGAAAAAUGGAAAUUAUUAUGGAUUUCUUUAUGGUUGCACAUGCUAAACUUUGCAAAACAUGGGCUAGGCAAGAUUUCAAUAAAAGAAGGCUCUCACAACGGAAGCAGUAUAAAUAAUAUAAUAACAGUGUUCAUUUCUGCUAUAACAAAAUCAUUGGUAAGCACAGUCGCAUAUAUUUCUUCUUCUUUGGUAAAACUAGUUGCUUCAUUCCUCAGACAGAAAGCACUGAAAGGUUUACCUAUUCCCAGUAUCCUUUGGUUAGAUGAAAUUGCUCGGUCACAUCCUACCUCACUCCAUUAUCAUCUUAAUCAAAGACUUGAUUCUCUGCAACUAUCUGACAACAAGACUCAGGUAUCUUUGAAAAUGUUAUGGGAUAUUUCUAUCUGUCCUGUAGACAUUUGUGAACACUUUGCAAAGGAAAAAGUUACUUGUUUUCCCUAUUAUCAUGGAAAUCAGUUUGAUACCUGGAAAGAUGUACAGAGGAAUAUUUUCUCUGAUAAUGAGAAUGACCACAUAAAUGAUAAGCAAGAGAAGUUAGAUUCUGGCUCUUCUUAUAAAGAGACCAUAUCUGAACAUGGUGGGAAUACGAUGGAUAAUAAUGGCUUUGUGGAAACCGGAAGAAAACAUUCAGGACCCAGGACAGAUAUUAGUUAUUUUCACAACCCAAGGGAAAUUACUAGGAGAAGUGGAGAACUUUUUGAGGCCAUAUGUUUUAACUCCAUCAAUGAGCAUGAAAUUGCAAUUGCAAGCAACAAAAAGGGGCUUAUUUUUUUCAACUUGAAAUAUGAAGAAUACUCGAGGAAGCAAGCAGAUUAUAUAUGGUCAGAUUGUGAUUGGCCAAAAGAUGGAUGGGCAGGUUGUGAAUCUACACCGGUUCCUACAUACAUCUCUCAGGGAAUUGGCCUUGGGAGCAAAAGAGGGGUGCACCUUGGUUUGGGUGGUGCAACAAUUGGCAUGGGCUCCUUGGCAAGACCACGAAGAGAUCUGACUGGUGGUGGAGCAUUUGGGAUUCCAGGUUAUGCUGGGAUUGGAGCAGCAGGCUUAGGUUGGGGCGAAGAAGAGUUUGAAGAGUUUAGAGAUCCCCCAGCUACAGUUGAAAAUAUUCACUCAAGGGCACUGGCACGCCAUCCUUUAUUGCCUUUCCUGUUAGUUGGAUCUAGCAACACACAUGUCUACUUAUGGGAGUUUGGCAAGCAAAGUGCAACAGCAACCUAUGGUGUUCUUCCUGCUGCCAAUGUUCCACCUCCUUAUGCACUUGCCUCAAUAUCCGCCCUGCAAUUUGAUCAUUAUGGUCACAGAUUUGCCACUGCUGCACUAGAUGGCACAAUUUGCACAUGGCAACUUGAAGUAGGUGGGAGGAGCAAUGUCCACCCCACAGAUUCUUCCCUUUGCUUUGACAAUCACGCAUCAGAUGUUGCAUAUGUGGCCACAAGUGGAUCAAUUCUUGCUGUGGCUGGAAGUAGCACGAAUGGAAUCAAUGUAGUUCUAUGGGAUACUUUGGCACCACCUGCCACAUCACAAGCUUCUUUAUUUUGUCAUGAAGGUGGUGCUCGUUCUAUAUCAGUGUUUGACCAUGUUAUCGGGACUGGUUCUAUUUCGCCCAUAAUUGUUACCGGAGGGAGAAGUGGCGAUGUUGGGCUUCAUGACCUGCGUUACAUUGCAACUGGAAAGACCAGACGGAAUAGGCAUGCUAGUGAGCAAGAUCUAAAGACAAUGCACGCUACAAACUCUGGGAUUUCCAAGUAUGCUGAAAAUUCGAACGGGAUGAUGUGGUAUAUACCAAAAGCUCAUUUAGCAAGCGUAACCAGGAUAGCUACUAUCCCCAACACCAGCUUGUUCUUAACUGGUAGCAAAGAUGGAGACGUGAAACUCUGGGAUGCCAAAAGAUCUCAAUUGGUUUUCCAGUGGCAAAAACUGCAUGAACGACACACCUUUCUUCAACCAAACUCACGCGGGUUUGGUGGAGUCGUGAGAGCCGCUGUCACUGAUAUCCAAGUUCUUUCCCGUGGUUUUCUCACAUGCGGCGGAGAUGGUUCCACAAAAUUAAUCCAACUCAAAUAGUUUUGACAGCAUCUAUACAAAAACCUCAGGAAUAAUGGAGCUUGAGGAAAACCUUUGGUUGUCACAGCUGAGAGCUGAAGUUGAAGACAUUUGACACACGAACAUUGACUGCCCCCUGUGAUAAUUCAUAGGAGUACAUACCUUGUUGAUGUUUCUUCUAGCUCGUGUCAGUGUAUCGUUCACAGUUUUUUGCCAUGUCAAUUUUUUAUUUUAUAGCCAAAAAAGGAAGGUACCUGGAUAUUUCUUCUAGCUCGUGUCAGUGUACUCAUGCAGGCAGUGUAGUGCAAGUCAGCUGGCGGGCCGAGCUGCGUCAUUAGGCGAAGAGCAAGCCACUGUGCACCAUCGGAUUCCAAUGGCUAGCAAUGAAUGUGCAAAACGUGUUGUCAUGCAGAGAAACAUCGGAGGUCGUGAUGUUUAAAUAUAAGUAUUGCAUUGUAGAUAUAUUCCCGUUAAAUUGCAUUUUUCAAGUUUAUAUAUGCACCUGUUAAAUUGCAUUUACCAGGUUUUCUCAAGCAUUUAAGUGUG